AUGAAGUCGACUAGAUUCCAUCCAAACAUCAUCAUCACAGGAACUCCUGGAUGUGGAAAAACUUCUCAUGCAGAGAGUUUGGUUUCACUGCUUGAAAAGCCUUAUAAACACUACAAUGUGAGCGAUUUGGCCAAAGAGAGAAAAUGUCUUGAAAGUUACGAUGACAACUUGGAUACUUACGUCGUGGAUGAAGAUAAGCUUCUAGACUCCCUCGAGGAGGACUUGAGAGAUGGAGGUGCGAUCGUUGACUGGCACUGUUGCGAUAUUUUCCCUGAACGGUUGAUCGACUUGGUGGUUGUUCUCAAGACCGAAAACUCCAAGUUGUACGAUAGACUCAAGAAGAGAGGGUAUAAGGAUAACAAAAUCCAGGAGAACUUGGACUGUGAGAUCAUGGAGGUUGUGUGGCAGGAUGCUGCCGGGGCAUACAUUCCGGAGAUUGUGAUUCCUCUUGCUUCGGACUCUGUGGAAGAUAUGGAAGAAAAUGUGGAGAGAAUCUCGGCCUGGGUGGAGAACUGGGUGAAAGAUCACCCAGAGGGUGUGACCAACGAGAUUGAUCCGGAGUUGUUGGCACAAAGAGAGGCUGAGGAGGCCGAUGAUGAUGAAGAAGACUGA